CUAUUUGUUCGCUAACCACAAAACCACACUACAAUGAUAUUUAGGUACAAUAUCUGUAUUGUGCUUCUUGUUGUUCUCUCAAUUUGGGCCAGCAUUGAAGGUCGUAGUAUUUCUAGAUUCUUAACUGAUGAAACAGUAGGGACAAAAUGGGCUGUCCUAGUUGCUGGCUCUCAUGGAUGGUGGAAUUAUAGGCACCAGGCUGACGUAUGUCACGCUUAUCAAAUACUAAAGAAAGGGGGUCUUAAAGAUGAAAACAUUAUUGUAUUCAUGUACGAUGAUAUUGCUAACAAUACAAUGAAUCCUAGACCUGGGGUUAUCAUCAAUAAUCCACAUGGCCAAAAUGUUUACAAAGGUGUCCCCAAGGAUUAUGUAGGUAAAGAUGUUAGUGCUGAUAAUUUUUUCAAUGUUAUUCUUGCGAACAAAAGUGGUAUCACUGGAGGAAGUGGGAAAGUUUUGAAGAGUGGUCCAAAUGAUCAUAUCUUCAUCUACUAUGUUGAUCAUGGUGGCCCUGGUAUUCUUUCAAUGCCAACUGGAUUUAUGUACGCAAAGGAUCUGACUGAUGUGUUGAAAAAGAAGCAUGCUUCUGGGACAUAUAAUAAACUGGUAUUUUAUUUGGAAUCGUGUGAGUCCGGGAGCAUGUUUGACGGUCUUCUUCCUAAAGGUCUAAAUAUUUAUGUAACUACUGCAUCAAAACCUAAUGAAGAUAGUUGGGGAACAUACUGUGGUCAAGUUAGUGCCAGUGAUCCUUGCUUAGUUGAGUGUUCCCCUCCAGAAUUUAAGGGUUUGUGUUUGGGAGACUUAAAUAGUGUUGCUUGGAUGGAAGACAGUGAGGCCCAAGAUCGACGAACUGCAACUUUGGGUGACCAGUAUAACGUGAUUGCAAAGAGAACUGCAGCCAAUCUAGCAUAUGGCUCGCAUGUCAUGCAAUAUGGUGAUACGGGGAUAAGUGUCGAUGCUCUUUUUCAGUAUAUGGGUGCUGCUUCAGUGAACCAUAGCUAUGUUUCCAUGAAUUUUAAAUCAUCGUCACAGAAUGUUAACCAGCGUGACGCUGAACUUUUCUACCUGAAAUCAAAAUAUGAAGAUGCUCCUGAAGGCUCUGAUGAGCAUUUUAAAACUCGUGCCGAACUUACUAAAACUAUGGCACAUAGAAGUCAAGUGGACCGUAGUAUCGAACAUCUUGCCGAGCUUUUGUUUGGAGCAGAAAAAGGUAAUGAGUUACUGAAAACCGUUCGACCUGCUGGACAACCUCUAGUUGACAAUUGGGAUUGCCUAAAAUUCUAUGUCAAAACAUUUGAGGCACAAUGUGGAAAAUUAACCUCAUAUGGAAAGAAACAUAUACGUGGUAUCGCAAACAUUUGCAAUGCUGGAAUUGAGAGUGAGCAAAUGACUGCUGCAACAGCACAAGCAUGUCCCAUUUAAGUAGAAGAGGAUACUUUUGGCUCAAGUUAUCUAUGUUUCGCUUAUUUGUAUCAUGGUUGCAUAAUUGCACUUUCAAUAAAUUGCAACAAUAAAAAUGAUAUGAUUGUUGACAAGCAUAUGCUAU